CGGUCUCCGGGCUCACGGAGCAGACUUAAGUGUCCACAGAUGAUCACAGGUCCACGCGGCUCGUGAUUCGUGUCUCGUUACCGGAGUGUCUCCAGAUUCGGCUCUUCACUGGCUGAGCUCGGUUCUGGUUCUGUUUGACCCAAAAUGGCGGCGGUGUUGAGGGACAGAGAUCUAGCAUCCAGCCCCACACUGGCACACCUUCUGCUAUUAAACCUGGACUAAACCAGAACCUAACUGUGUCUAAAGCUGGACUAUACCAGGACUAAACCACUACUGUCAACCAAACCCGGCCAAACUUUGACCGGAAUCUAAAGUGGACGGGACCCAGAGUUUGAGCACAGAACAGGACUAAAGUGUGACCUGGACUGAGCCGGGCAUAGCUGAGCCCUUUCAUUGGUCAGGGUGGAGGCUGUCGAAGCGUCUCAUUGGAGGAGGCUGAUGGAGGGGGCGUGUCGCAUCCCUGUGGCGUGCUGUCGGCCAAGGAUCCUCGUCCUGCACGCCCUGUUCUGGGGCCUGGUCUCACUCAGAGUCUUUGGAGCGGCACUGCUCAGUGAGGAGAAGUCAACAGCAGUGAAACCUGUGGCUGCCCCCUGCUGGCUGCUGGAGGAGUUUACAGUAACUACGGCAUGUGUCCAGUGCAACGCCUUUGAGACGAGGUCAUGGCCUGUUUGUGCUCAGACUGGAUUCUAUGAACGAGUCAACUGCACCAAGUCCAACAAGGAUGAACUCAAGAGCUGCAGGUCUUCUCAGUUGGAGGAGCAGAGUUUCUGGCACUUCGAGGCGGCUAUGUUGUCUCUCACGGCGCUCUUUGGGAUCGUGGUUGUGACCCGACAGCGAGCUCUGGACCGACUGGCCUCGGAGAAGGUCCGGCGCCAGAUCGAGUCCAUCUGAACCUGGACCAGGACUGAACAUAAAGCCAAGGCCAGGACCAAAGAAAGUCCCAGGAAAAUGGAGUCCAUCAAAUCCAGACAGAGCCACAAACAUUUUAAAGUUUAUUUAAACCAGGCUUACUUUGAUUUCAGACUUAUUUAAAACCACUUUUUUAUUUGAGACUUUUAUGAUGUCAUCACAGCUCUGUGCUGUGAUUGGCUCGUCAGAGAAAUGCUCUGCUGCGGUUGAAUGGACUGAACAUUUGUAGAGUUUUUUUUUUUUUUUUUAAUAAAUGUUUAAACAGAA